CCCGGUGCCGGUUCCGGUCGCGGUGCGUGCUGGGUGCGGGCAGCGGGGGCGAUGCCGCUGCACCGGUUCCCGCCGCGGCUGUGGCCCGCGAUGAAGCUGCGGGAGGGGAUCUGCUCCCGCCUGCCCCCGCACUACCUGCGGGAGCUGCAGGACGAGACGCCGCCCACCCCCGUCCACUGGCGGACCCUGGGCGUGCGGUACCGGCGGAACCCCCGCACCGGAGAGCGGGAACGCGUGCAGGACGUGCCGGUACCGGUUUACCUGCCGCCCGCAGCACACGAGGGGCUCUGGGGAGGCGAGGGAUGGAUCCGCGGCUUCCGCUAUGCGCGAAACGACAAGCUCUCCACCAGGCUGCCCAAGGUCUGGAAGCCACAGCUCUUUGAGCGUCAGUUCUACAGCGAGAUCCUGGACACCACGCUGACUGUCACUGUCACCAUGCGCACGCUGGACCUCAUCGAUGCAGCCUAUGGCUUCGACUUCUACAUCCUGAAGACCCCCAAAGCUGACAUGUGCUCCAAGCUGGGGAUGGAUCUGAAGCGCACGAUGCUGCUGCGACUUGCCCGCCGGGACCCCAAGCUGCACCCCGAUGAUCCUGCCAGGAGGGAGGCAAUCUAUAACAAGUACCAGGAAUUUGCAAUCCCAGAGGAGGAAGCUGAAUGGGUUGGCUUGAGUUUAGAAGAAGCAAUAGAAAAACAGAGGCUUCUGGAAAAAAAGGACCCUGUCCCCCUCUUUAAGGUGUAUGCUGAAGAGCUUGUCAACCAACUGAAGGAACAGGCAUUGCAGAAGAAAUAGAAGGAAGGAAACAUUUGGAGCAAAGGCCCUGCUGCAGGUCAAGCUGUGGGGUCCUGUGAGUCAUCUGUCUGAACCUCCUUGGGUGGAAGGGGCCAUGUGAAGAGCAUGCCCAGGACUGUGUUGCAGUUACCAAAAUCUAAUGAUGGCCUCAACUCAGUGAGGAACUGUUCCCUGGGGCUGGGGAAAGAAUGUCCUGUGUCCUCUGAAAGUGUUCUUGUAGGGCUGACUGUGGCUUCUCCUCUGCCUGUACAAGUAGUUGGCUGCUUUUGAGAGCUCGAUGGUGAUGUAAACCAAAAUACCUGUUUUGGGAAUGUCAGUAAACUUUUCUCUGAUACUCA